AACCCACCCGGAGGCCGAGUGCGACACCAACCUCGCCUGUCGAAUCCCUCCCGCUGGUCUCAGCUCCUCUCAGCCUGCUCGCAGUACCUAGCCCCCCUCGCCAUGUCGCACUCCGGAGCCCAGGGCAGCAUCGGAAGUCAUCCCGCAGUCGGCCUGCGCAACUACAAAAUCUGCUUUUGGGAAUAUGAGAAUUUCCAGGGACGGCACAUCGAGUUCAACGCCGAGUGUCGCAACCUGUGCGACCGGGGCUUCGACAGAGUGGGCUCCAUCCGCGUGGAGUGCGGCCCCUGGGUUGGGUACGACCAACAGAACUUCACCGGCGAGAUGUUCAUGCUGGAGAAGGGAGAAUAUCCCCGCUGGGACACCUGGACCAACAGCUACAGAAAUGACCGGUUCAUGUCCUUCAGGCCAGUCCGUAUGGACGCCCAGGACCACAAGAUCUGCCUGUUCGAGUGCGUGAACUUCGAGGGGCGCAAGAUGGAGGUGUGUGACGAGGAUAUCCCCAGCCUGUGGUCUUAUGGCUUCCAGGACCGCGUGGCCAGCAUCCAAGUCAUGGGGGGAACCUGGGUGGGGUACCAGUAUCCCGGUUACCGUGGCUACCAGUACGUCUUCGAGUGUGGGCCCUACAAGCACUGGAACGAAUGGGGCGGCCAGCACCCCCAGAUCCAGUCCAUCCGCCGAGUGAAGGACAUGCAGUGGUACCGCCGGGGCUGCUUUGAGUUCACGGCCUGAGGAAAGGCCACAGUGACCCCAGUGGUCAGCCCGCCCCCGGGCCGACUCACUGGAGCUCCACACACAGCUGAGCUCCCUCUGUCCACCCCUCACAGACCAGCCAUCACCGCUGUUAGUGUCAUUACUGGGAACAGCUCUGCUUGCAGACAGGGGGGAGCCACUGAUCCUUAGUCAAAAGGAGGUCGGCUAGUUCAUAAGGCAGUGCUUGCGAUUCGGCCCUCUGCCAAAGUUAUUGCCCAACUCUGAAAGAAGACUGGAGCCACAGUGUUUCUUGCUUACUGGACAUAUAUAAUUGAUUUUUUUUUAUCCUCAUAAUGACAACAAUAAUAAUUAUAAUAAUGACAAGAACAGCG